AUGAAGAAGGGCCAUUUGGACAUGAUUGAGAGGGUUUACAAUGAUUUCCCUGCCUUCUCGGAUAUCUUCACCGAAGAGACUUUCUACAUCUUUGCAUUUUGCUUCGUUCUCUUCACCAUCCUUGUGGCCUUUAUCCUGUCCAGGUUCAUCACUCUGAAGCCCAUGGAUUAGAUUCAUUUAUUAGAGAAUAAUCUUCAAUAGCUCCCCAUGUGAAUAAAAUGUUGCAAAAAUUGCUUUAA